AUGAGAGCACGGCAAACGCAGAUAUGGAUGUUGUAUAGAAGAAGCAACCAGGUGACUCGACAGCCUCAAACAUGCCUCAAAACCUCGGUCUAUAUCAGCAUCAGCCGUAACGUAUCCACCAUCAGAUACACAUCUCCCGACGUCCUCGCAGACGAAAACAUAGACCAUUUUCGACAGAAAUACUUCCGAGCUGAGAAACCGGUAGUUAUACGCUCUGCAGAGCUGUGUUUGAAACUACCAGCCUAUAGCAAGUGGUUUUUGGAAACGGUUUCCAAUCAUGGCAAGAAGGGAGUCCAGGCGCAGCUCAAUUUCGACUAUAUCUCGAAACACGGCGAUGUUCUGGUACCGCUAGAAUUAACUAGCUCUGCUACUAAAGGAGAAGAGAACAACACCAAUGGUAAUAAGACCUACAUCAAUAAUACCCAAUUCGAGCGUUUCCAAGCACCAUUGUCAAUGUUCCUCGACUGGACUGCCGCUUCUGCCGAAAGACCAAAAGAAGAAUCGCAAGUGAACACCGAUAUCAAUAGGAAUGAUACUAACACACAAAUAUACCUCGCUCAAUGCCAUCUUGAAAACCUACCACCCCAGCUCCAAUCAGAUUUCCAUCCCACGCCCGCACUCGUCAGCCAAACGGGAAAGAACGAUGUCUAUGCGACGAAUCUAUGGAUCGGCACACCGCCAACAUACACACCACUGCACAAGGAUCCGAAUCCCAAUUUGUUUGUGCAGUUGGCCGGUGUGAAGCAUGUGCGUCUCCUGUCGCCGUCUACAGGGUUGCAGGUUUUUGCAUGUGUACAGCAAGAAAUGAUGGAUUCGACAACUAAGGGUGAUGAUUUCUUGGGCCAUGCGGCGACUUUUAGAGGGAAUGAGAUGAUGCAAGGGUCUGAAAGGGUGCUGCUUGAAAGGGCUGUUUGGGGUGAUGCGUCCUCGUCCUCAGUGCCAUCAACAGGUGUUGUUCGCGCACAGAAUCAUAUAGGGUAUGAUGUUAUUCUUGAAAGAGGCGAUUCUCUGUUUAUUCCCAAGGGGUGGUGGCAUAGCAUCAAAGGUGUUGGUGAGGGUAUCACUGCGUCGGUCAAUUGGUGGUUUAGAUGA